AAACACAAAAUCUGUAAAGCACAAUAAUAAUUUGAAUCUUAAAAUAUAAAGAUAAAAAUAAGAAUAUUAUAUUCCUUUGUGAUGAUCUCCAAUAUAUCAUUGAGGAAAGCUUCUGAAUUUCAUAUUGCUUUCGAAAAGUUGAUCAUUUUUGAAUGUCUCGAUAAUCAGUUGGACUCGGCUAAGGAGUAUGCUCAUUGGCUGGUAAGCAAUAUGGAAGUCUCGUGGAAGGGCAGUUUAGUUCAAAGUCUUCUUGGGUACCUUCGAGAACCUAGUUCACAACGCGAUCCUCGACAAUGCAUAAAAGCGAUACGGGUGCUCCAUGAGAUGACGACACAUUGCAAUAAAGUGGACGUGAAAAGACUGGCGCUGACAACAGAUCUUUUGUCCCUGUUGCGUCAAAUUCUCAGCAUGUCCCAAGUGCGGGGAACCAUCAAAUGUUGCUGUCUGGGUCUGCUCAGCAACAUACUCGUGUGUGGCUGGCGACUAAGAGAUGCCAUCGUAGAGUCUGGGCUGCUCACUGAACUGUUGCGCCUGCUAACACAUCAGGGACAGAAGAGAUUUGAAAAAUGUACGAAGGGUCAAGUAAUCUGGCUGCUGUAUCAGGUACUAAGAUAUAAAGUACCAGGGCCACCGUUGUACGCCAUUAAGAAAAUUGCCCAAGCAGUGCUCACGCUGUUAAAUCAUUCGCUGGAUACAGAAAUACUGGUGCCAGCAUUACAAUUGUCUCGCCUAAUCUCCGAGUACCACUCAGCCAUGGUGCCCGCUAUGAUUAAAAUAAGGCUACUGAAUCGUGUGACACGUUUUGUGCUAAGUCCAUUGAAGGAAGUGCAACGGGAAGCGAUAUUUGUAUUGGCAAAUGUCUGUGUGGAAUAUCGUCAGUCUCUAGCGCUCUUUCGAUUUCCCAAAAGCAUUCUGCUGCAUGUCCAUGGAUUACUUUUAGGCGGCCGUUCAGAAAUUCGCAUAUUAGUGCUCCAGUUGUUGGGUGGCAUAAUUGACAAUAGAUGCAUUAAAUUGGAGCACUUUGUGGAGCUGGGCUUGUUGAAAAAGAUAGUUAUGUGUUCCAGUAGGCAAGAGACUAAUGAUCAAGUGCGUCUGGCUGCUGGUUGGACACUUGUCAGCCUAGCUCUGCACCUUUGUCGAUGUUAUUUGGACUAUUUCAUCGAUUGUGGUGCUCUGCACGCAAUCUGCGAACUCUUGCGUCUUCAGUUGCCCAUCCAGUUAUUGCGCAAUAUUCUCGUGGUACUCGUUCUUCUUGGAGAAAAACAUUGCCACAGCAAACAGUGCCUGCUGCAUGUUAUGUGGCAAUGUAAUACUUGGCCCACAAUUCAACUGCUGCAGAACAGUUACAAUGCCGCUGUUCGCACGUUGUGCGCUCUUCUCACAAAUGGUCACGCAAUGGAAUUAAUGUGUCCCGACGCUCGCAUUUUUGAUAGCUAUUAAAAGAAAAUAUCUGAAGCGAACAUGAACAUUUUCUUGAAUAAGUUCUAAGUUACAGUCAAAACGUUACAUACCCGGGGUAGAUGUAAAUAUUGUAAUGCCUAUUUUAACAAUCGAUACCUCGAAUUUCAAAUUAGAACUCAAUUACGAAAGUGAACUAAGGUUGGUACGAAGCUUCUUAGAUUUCAUGAAAAUGCAAUUGUGUUUAUUUUUACAAUCGCGUCUUAAAAUUGUAGCUUUGGCUGUAGUUCCCAUUAUAAACUAUGUAAUAAUCAA